AUGUCGCGGAAUUUAGCAGAAUUCUGCUUUUUAUUUUGUGCACUUCAAUUGGGACUACUCAUAAAUGCUGCUGGAACACAUCCAUUUCCAUUUACAAUUUUCAGCCUGUAUACGGUGAUUGGGCCUGGCACCAUCCGCUCCAACUUUAAAUACAAUGUGGCAGUAUCUGUGCACAAAGCGGACGCAAAUAGUCUGAUUAAAGUGGGCAUCACUGGUCCAUCCUUCAAUGAGACCAAACAGGUCGAAGUGCAACCAAUGUCAAUGGUAAAUGUUGAAUUCGAUGUGCCCAAAUUAAUGUAUGGAGCAUAUAGUCUGACUGCCACUGGUAUUGAGGGCAUUAUAUUUGAGAACUCAACGGAACUGAAUUAUAAGAAAAACACAGCAUCGACUUUUAUACAAUUUGAUAAGGCAACCUAUAAACCAGCGGAUCUGGUACAGUUUCGAGUGCUCUUCCUCGAUGAGAAUACACGACCAGCCACGAUUGACCAGCCCAUAACAAUUUUGAUUAAUGAUGGUGCCCAGAAUCGUAUCAAGCAAUUAUCGGAUGUCAAAUUAAACCAGGGCAUCUAUACAGGACAGCUGCAAUUAUCGGAACAACCCGUGCUGGGUACGUGGAAUAUUGUGGUCACUUUGGCCGAUGAAACUGCGGAAACUAAAUCCUUUGAGGUGGCCAAAUAUGUUUUGCCCAAAUUUGAGGUCAUUGUGGAAUCAGCAAAAGAUGUUGCCAUACAGGAUGGUGUCAUUAAGGCCACGAUUCGAGCCAAAUAUACCUAUGGCAAACCGGUCAAAGGCAAAGCCACCGUUUCUCUAAAACCCAAUGAUGCUUAUUUGGAUGACGCUGACGGUAGAAUGGAUCAAAUUAAAAGCAUCGAUAUCGAUGGCAAGGCCCACAUUGAGUUCCCACUUCAGCCAAAUUCACGUUCUACGCCUCCUUUGGAAAUAUUUGCUGUGGUCACCGAAGAUUUGACGGGUCGGCAGCAUAAUAGUUCGACAAUUGUCAAUUUGCAUGCGCAACGACAUAAAAUUGAGGCACUCGAUGCACCCAACAAUUAUCAUCCCAACAAAUCGUUUAUCUAUCAAUUUGUUGUCAAGAAUUUGGAUGGUUCCCCCGUGCAAGAUGCGACGAAAAAAGCAAAAAUCUGCUUCGAGCACAAUAAUGAAAUCGUUGAAUUUGAGGCAACCUUGAUUGAACAUGGUAUUGCCACAUUUAAUUGUAUACUGUCGGCAAAUACGUUGCAGUAUAGCAUUACGGGCUAUUAUGCAAACUCCAAUUCCUCCUUGGGUUCGAUUCAAAGAUUUCAACCGGAAAUUGACUCCGCUGUGCCACUGAAAAUCCAAAUAAACACAAAAACUCCAAAAUUGGGUAAGAGUGUUUCGUUUGAUGUGACAUCGAAUGAACCUAUUCCAUAUUUUCAAUACGCGAUUGUCGCUCGGGGCAAUAUUGUGAAAGCGGAGCAUGUUGAAGUGCCACAAGGUCGCAAGAACCACACCGUUAAGUUUACACCCACGUUUGCAAUGGUGCCACAGGCCUCCAUCUAUGUCUACUACAUCUCUGACAACGAGCUGCGCUUCGAGGAGAAAGCAAUCGAUUUCGACAAGGAUUUCGAGAACUCUAUCGAAAUCUCUGCUCCAUUGGAAGCGAAGCCCAGCGAAGAAGUGAAACUGCAGAUCAAAACUGAUGCCAAUUCGUAUGUGGGUCUGCUUGGUGUAGAUCAGAGUGUUUUGUUGUUCAAGUCUGGAAAUGAUUUGACUCGCGAGGAUGUCUUCAGCAGUCUGAAUAAGUACAAGACAACGACACCCUGGCAGCAAGGCAGCUAUGAUCCCUAUCCGGGAGAAUUUUCGGGUUUGGUCACACUGACAAAUGCCAAUUAUCCCUAUAAUUGGGAUGUUGAGGAAGAAUUUUAUACGGUUGAAGCUGAAGAGUCAGCAGCCACGUCCCAAAUUCGAAAGGAAUUCCCUGAAACUUGGAUUUUUCAGAAUAAUAUAACUACCGAUGCAGAAGGUCUUACCUUGACUAAAAAGAUACCGGAUACUAUUACUUCAUGGGUUGUGACUGGUUUCUCCUUGAAUCCAACAACUGGAUUUGCCCUCACUCAAAGUCCCAGCAAAAUUCGAGUAUUUCGUCCAUUUUUUGUCUCCACAAAUUUGCCACAUUCUGUGAAGAACGGUGAGGUCAUUGCCAUACCUGUCAUCAUUUUCAACUAUAUGGAUAAGGCACUCGAUGCAGAGAUUACAAUGGAUAACUCGGAUAAGGAAUAUGAAUUUGCUGAGGCAACCAAUGAAGUUGAGGAGAAAGCAAUCGAUGAAAUACAACGAGUUAAACGAGCUACAAUCGCCUCGAACAGUGGUCAGAGUGUCUCGUUUAUGAUUCGGCCCAAGAAUGUGGGAACGAUCACGCUAAAGAUUAAUGCAAUAACUCCACUGGCAGGUGAUGCGAUCCAACAGAAAUUAAAGGUCGAACCGGAGGGAGUGACAAAGUAUGAAAAUCGAGCAGUUUUCAUCAAUCUUAAGGCUGAUCAAUCGGAAAUGCAACACGAACUCGAGGUUGAAAUUCCCCCACAUUCCGUAAAAGACUCGGAACUUAUAGAGUUCUCUGUCGUUGGUGAUCAAGUGGGUCUCGUCAUCAAUAAUUUGGAUAAUUUGGUGCGUAUGCCCUAUGGCUGUGGUGAACAGAAUAUGGUAAAUUUUGUGCCCAAUAUUCUGGUCCUCAAUUAUCUGGAAGCGACCAGCCGCAAAAUGCCCAUCGUUGAGGCAAAGGCGAAAAAAUUCCUCGAGAUUGGCUAUCAGCGUGAGUUGACCUAUAAACACGAUGAUGGCUCCUAUAGUGCCUUUGGCAAAUCUGAUCCUUCGGGCAGCACAUGGUUAACUGCGUAUGUCAUGCGCUCUUUCCACAAGGCUGCCAAAUACACCGAUGUCGAUCCCAAGGUUAUAGGAGAAGGCUUGGAUUUCCUGGCCUCCAAGCAAAAAGAUAAUGGCGAGUUUCCCGAAGUGGGCAAAUUAUUUGAUAAUUCCUAUCAGAAUGAAUUGGGAUUAACAUCAUUUGUGCUGCUUGCGUUCUUUGAAAAUGAAGAAGUGCUAUCGAAGUAUCAACAAACCAUCAACAAGGCCCUGGAAUAUGUUGCUCAAGAGGUGGACAAGACAGAUGAUCAAUAUUCGCUAUCGAUUGCCGCCGUUGCUCUGCAAUUGGCCAAGCAUCCGAAGACCAAGCAAGUUUUGGCCAAGUUGGACACUGUUGCCAAGCAGCAAAAUGGCCAGAAAUGGUGGUCCAAAACCACCGCGAAGAACUCAACGGAUGCAGAACGAUUGAUCAGUUGGCGGCCCAGCACUAGUAACGAUAUUGAGAUUACAUCUUAUCUGCUGAUGGCACUCCUCGAAGAGGAGGCAGCAGAAGCAACGCUGCCCAUUGCCAAGUGGUUGAUUGCCCAGCGGAACAGCAAUGGAGGCUUCUCCUCCACAAAGGACACCGUCGUCGGUCUGGAAGCACUGACUAAGUUUGCCAAGAAGACUGGCUCUGGCAGCGGCACCAUUGACAUUGAUUUCGUUAGGUCUGGGAACGAUAAAAAUGAUAACGAUAACGAUAACAAGGGCACUAUCAAAGUGAAUCCCGAGAACUCACUGGUACUUCAGAGUCACGUUUUGCCCGGCAGCACACGUAAGGUUCGCUUCACAGCCAAGGGUCAGGGUUCGGCAAUGGUGCAAUUAUCCUAUCGAUAUAAUAUCGCUGACAAAGAGAUGAAACCCGCCUUCAAGGUGAGGCCCACUGUUAAGGAUACAUCCUCGCAGCUGUUGAGUGUGGAGGUGUGUGCCGAGUAUGUGCCCCUUGAGUCGAGUAACCAGACCAGUGACUCCAACAUGGCCGUCAUGGAAAUUGCCUUGCCCUCGGGCUACGUCAGCGAUGCCGAUAGUUUCGAUAAAAUUGAGGCAGUCGAUAGAGUUAUGCGCAUCGAUACCAAGAACUCGGAUUCCACGGUAAUGGUCUACUUUAACAGCCUGACUCCGGGUGAUGUCAAGUGUAUCCCGGUGGAGGGCAUCCGGGCGCAUCUGGUGGCCAAGCAACAACCGGCUGCUGUCUCCCUCUACGACUACUAUGAGACAGAUCGACGUGCCACGGAGUACUAUCAGGUCGCCUCCUCGCUCUGUGACAUCUGUGAGGGCUCCGAUUGUGGUUCGGGUUGUAAUAAGAAAUAAACAAAUGUAAUCGUUUCUUUAAAAGUCCAUUAACACUUCACCUCCGCGUGGUGUUUAAUAAAUAUUUAAGUGCAUUCUAA